GUGCGAGACUUUCACGUCACAUCCACAGUGGCAUAGAAGGGAGAGGAGGCAUAGAAGGGAGAAGCGUCCCACUCACCAUGAAGUACAGGACGCUGGUGAUGUACAUGGAGAUCGGCUGCUUCGUGUCGUGUCUCAGCGGCUGGAUCCUGGUGUGCUCCACUCUUCCCACAGAGUACUGGACCUUCUCAGAGGUGGGCAGCGUGGUGAUGACCACCUCCAACUACUACUCCAACCUGUGGAGGGACUGCAUCUCGGACACCACGGGGGUGUCGGACUGCAAGGACUACCCCUCCAUGCUGGCCCUGCCUGUUUUCCUGCACGCCUGCAGAGCGCUGGCGGUCUGCGCCGUCAUCAGCGGCUUCUUCGGAGGCGUCCUCACUCUGGUCGGCAUGAAGUGCACGAAAAUAGGCGGAUCGGAGGUUGCAAACGCCAGAGUGACCUUCGCGGGCGGGAUUACUUACCUAGUUUCAGGGUUGUGUGGCAUGAUCACAUAUUCCUGGUGGGCCAACAAAGUCAUCACAGAGUUUGUGGACCCCAAUUUCCGGGCACAGAAAUUUGAGCUCGGAGCUGCAGUUUUUGUCGGUUGGGGAGGCUCCAUCCUGUUGCUCUGCGGUGGGACGGUGCUGACUUUCUUCUCCGGGAGAGAAGGUCUUCCUUCAGGUUCUUCAAAGAGGCCACGCAGGCCAGCCACUUAUGCCACAGCCAGGACCCGGAGGACCUACAUGCUGCCAAACACCUCAUCCAGGGUCACUCUGGGGCCACCGCUCUUCUACCAGGGCAGGAGGAGUCGGCCGAGCAGAGCGCCGACAAGGACGACCCGCACCUACAGCAGGGACGCCUUUGUCUGAGCGAAAGGGACAUUUCAACUUUUUCAUUAAAAGACCUCACAAAGAAGCUGCUGAAUUGAACAAAGUGCUCUUUACUUCUUUA